AUGUUUGUGCUUCCUCAACUCAAAGUCGCCAUGGAAAAGUCCUUGGAGCUAAACAAAGCUGGAUCCCGGUCGAUGUCCUCGCUGCCGCCGGAACCAGUGGACAUCCUCCGCAGCAAGUCGUGUUACCGCCGGGUCCGGCUGAACGUUGGGGGGCUCCCACAUGAGGUCCUGUGGCGAACGUUGGAAAGGCUACCACGAACACGCUUGGGGAAGUUGAGAGACUGCAACUCCCACGAGUCUUUGAUGGAGGUCUGCGAUGACUACAACCUCGAGGAGAACGAGUACUUCUUCGACCGGCACCCGGGGGCCUUCACGUCCAUCCUCAACUUCUACCGCACGGGCAAGCUGCACAUGAUGGAGGAGAUGUGCGCCCUGUCCUUCAGUCAAGAGCUCGACUACUGGGGCAUCGAUGAGAUCUACCUGGAGUCCUGUUGCCAGGCCAGGUACCACCAGAAGAAGGAGCAGAUGAACGAGGAGCUCAAGCGAGAAGCGGACAAUCUGAAGGACAGGGAGGGAGAAGAGUUUGACAACACUUGCUGUGCGGACAAGCGGAAGAAACUCUGGGACCUCCUGGAGAAGCCGAGCUCUUCUGUCGCAGCAAAGAUCCUGGCCAUCAUCUCUAUCCUCUUCAUUGUGCUGUCCACCAUUGCCUUGUCUCUGAACACUCUCCCAGAGUUGCAGGGCACUGACGAGUUUGGCCAGUCCACAGACAACCCUCAGCUGGCGCACGUGGAAGCCGUGUGCAUUGCCUGGUUCACCAUGGAAUACCUUCUCCGUUUCCUCUCCUCUCCCAAUAAAUGGAAGUUCUUCAAGGGCCCUCUUAACGUCAUCGACUUGUUGGCCAUUUUGCCCUACUAUGUCACUAUUUUCCUGACAGAAUCCAACAAAAGUGUGCUACAAUUUCAGAAUGUCCGUCGCGUGGUUCAGAUCUUUAGGAUCAUGCGGAUUCUGCGGAUUUUGAAGUUGGCUCGUCACUCCACGGGGCUUCAGUCUCUGGGCUUCACUCUUAGGAGGAGCUACAACGAGUUGGGCCUGCUUAUUCUUUUUCUGGCCAUGGGCAUCAUGAUCUUCUCUAGUCUUGUAUUUUUUGCUGAGAAGGACGAAGAGGAUACAAAGUUUAAAAGCAUUCCAGCUUCUUUUUGGUGGGCUACCAUUACUAUGACCACUGUAGGCUAUGGAGAUAUAUAUCCCAAAACUCUGUUGGGAAAGAUUGUCGGGGGAUUAUGCUGUAUUGCUGGAGUGCUUGUAAUUGCCCUACCUAUCCCCAUCAUUGUAAAUAACUUUUCUGAAUUCUACAAAGAACAAAAGAGGCAAGAAAAGGCUCUCAAAAGAAGGGAGGCCCUUGAAAGGGCGAAACGAAAUGGUAGCAUUGUUUCUAUGAACUUGAAGGAGGCUUUUGCUCGUAGUGCGGAGCUCAUGGAUGUGGUAGUAGAGAAGACCGAGAGACCUCAAGACAACCACCUUUCUCCAAGUCACUGGAAAUGGACAUCCAAGAGAGCUGCAUCAGAGACAAGCUCAAACAGAUCUUUCAACGUGCAGGAGUUAGGCUCUCCAUGCAAGGCUCAAGCCACCAGUCCCCAAAGGCUAAAUGUUGAGAAACUAGAGCAAAUGUACAGUCAGAUGGCAAAAACACGGUCACAACCAAACCUCAAUGCUAAAGACAGAGGUUCCAGAGUAGGGAAACACCGGGAUGAGAUAGAACUUGGGACCAUUCAAAAUUAUGGAACAUCGGCACUAGGAGUGGGGGACAUGAAGAGUUUAUCUAGCAUUGAUAGCUAUAUCAGUUGUGCAACAGACUUCCAGGAGAAUUCACGCUUCCUCCACAGUCCAGCACCAGACAUUGGCCUUCAGGAAAGCAGUAGAUUCACUUUUGGUCCAGCUACAGGUUUGUCCCAGCACAAUAGUACAAAAGUUGGCCAGCAAAUGUUAGGACAGUACGAGUCCAUGCUAACAUCUGUGUCAAAGUCCACAUCCUCUGAGAAUCCAAGAAAAUUCUUCUUUUCCGGAAACUCCUCAAAAAGCCUUAAGGGAGGCUGCUGUAGCGACGGGGAUUCUGGCCCUUCCCCACUUUCAGACAGCUCACUUGUGUCAGACCACUCUCUUUUAAGCCCUGAAGUUUCUGUGUACACCACUGCCAGCAGCAGAACACCCCCAAAGUCACCAGAAAGCACUGCCAUGGCCCCAACUGUCUUCACUUUCCAUGACUCGUCCAUCAGUAAAUACAUUGAUGCCGAUACGGAUGACGAUGAACACCUCCGGGACAACCCCGAGGCCAGUCCGUCAGAGUGUCUGCUGGCUAGUGCCAGCCCAAAGCGCAGUAUUAACAUUCACUACCAGAGGGGGACUAAUCAUUUAGAAACAGCUCAGAAAAUGCUGAGUCAGAAUUGUCUCUUCCCCACUGAAGGGAUUCGUGGAAAAACUCACGGGAAUCAUAUAGGACCUGAGUUGACACGUAGACCAAAGGUUGAAAGGGGACGACAAAAUCCUUUGGAUAAAAGCCUUUGAGGUACUUGAAAAAACAGACACAUUAAAGAAGUUGGGGACAAAGUGUUUGUGAUAAAGACACCUGAUGAGCUAAAACACUCUAAGCCAGAGACAAAAGAAAGAGGGAGAGAUAAAGGCUCUCCAGUUUCAGAAAUUACCUGAGCUUGCUAUUAGGGCAACAAGCUCUGGGUUAAUGUGUGUGACGAAUACUCUGCGAGAGACACUUAAAUUGGAGGAUGUCACUGCCCCUCAUUCAGCUCAUUCCUGUUAGCGGUAUUUCAC